AACAUAAUUUUAAAUAAAAAAUUAAUAUAUUUUAAAGAAAUUGCAAAAUUUCAAAAUGAAAAACUCCGCAACCUCAACAGAUGAAAACGCUAAAUCGAGCCAAAAUAAAUCGAACAAAAAACAAACAAAAUCGCGCUCAAAAUCAGGCAAAAGUGAACAAAAUAUCAAUUGUAAUUCCAAAUCAACAUCGGGAACUAACCAUUUAAGUAACAAUAGUACAAACUCACUACAUACGAAUAAUACAACACAAACGCAUAAAACUAAUGCAUGUGAAGCAUCAAGUACCCUUACCCCUGUAAACGGAAAUGCUCUAGAAUCUUGCAAUAAAGCACAUAAAAAUUAUACGGGUAUAGACGCAAAUUCUGUGAAAUUAUUUUGGGAUCAGUAUGAAUACACUACCUCAGAGAUGUCACCUGAAGUUUUCACAAGUGUGGCUGAAAGGGCAUCGUAUAUGCUUUGGACAGUUGUGAAUAACAUUAAAAUUUAUUCACGUAAAUUGGGAUGCAAAGCUUCUUAUAAUAUAGUUAACGAUGUUUUAAAUGACAUGGACCUUCCUCCUGCAUUAGGUGCCUUAGAUGGUGACUGGGAACUUUUCAAUCACAAGGAUAAUGAUUUAUUUUUUAUGGAUAAGAUGAUUGAACUUCGUGAUGAGUACCAAAAACCUAUAGAUAUUCCAUUGGUCAGUGAUCCAGAUUUUAUUUCAUCUUGGCGUACAGAUGAAGACUAUAGGGUAUAUUUUAACAAAUACAUAAGGAGUCUUAUUUUUGUUAUUUUAUAUGGUGACUCCGAGGCGUUUAAAGAUGCACUCUCCGAAGCUGCAUUUGCACCUCUCAUUGGCCACUGUUAUCGUGUUUUACUAGGAAAAGUUAUACAAAUACUUGCCUUUAAGCAGAACGACCAAAUCAGUGAGCGCAAUUGGCGUUUAUUACGUGCUUGCGCUAGUAAUCCCAAUACGAGGGAAUCUCAAUGCCGUGAGGAACUAUUUAAUUUGGCGGAAAUACUCGUUUGCCAAUUAUUGGGUCCAUAUGAGAGUAUUAAAAUACACGAUAAUCUAAAUGUAAACACACCACCAUUGAUUGAUUCGCCAGAAGUGGAAUUUGCAAGCGACGACCAGGAUAUCUGUGAGCGAGAUGGAGAGAGUGAUAAAAUUAUAGUGGAAAUUGAUCUUACAAGUUCUGAUAGUAUGGAGCAAAUGGAAUUGGAAUGUGAAAUUAAUCCACAAGAAGAUUAUAUUUAUAAGUUGCUAACAGAAGAUGAUGAUGAAAGCAAUGAUUGGAAUUCGGAACUAUUUGAUAAUGAAAGUGAAGACAUAUCACAGUAUUUCGCCACUCCUGCCACAUUAAGUAGCGUAGACGAACUUUGCGAAACUAUUGGAUACUUAUCAAAUAGUAGUGGAUACUUUUAUUCAGAGUGUCUGUUCCAUAUCAAACGAAGAAUGGAACGAUUCUUUUAUUUCCGCAACGUUAGCACAGAAAAAGAAUACACAUUUAUAAGUCGAUUGAUACGUGGACUGAUAGCUUUAGGCGAGUUUGCCUUCCGUGAAUUCAUCCCUUACACCUAUAAAUUUGAUAGCGAAAACAUUCCCGAGUACUUAUGGAGCUAUUUUCCUCAAGCUGCAGUAUUUCUUCGUGGAGCCAAUGACAUUUUUAUUUACGAAUGGUUGAAGUCUAUAUGCGGUAUGGAGGAGUUACAACCCUUCAUGGUUUAUAAGACUCGUUUCAUUACGAGACUAUUGGCACGUAACGUAGGCCAACGUAAAAAGACUUCAUAUCACAUUGUACCGAAAAUAGGUGUGCGUCGUUUAGAGACCGGUUCUAAAUCUGACCUUGCAAUAGUUACCGAUGUAAUGCUUGAACCGACUUUAGAUGAGAUAUUCCCUAAGCCUACAUUAACUGAUUUCUUUCCUGAAUUAGCUUCAAGAAAUACAAGACGUAGGCGUAGUUCAAUUCGCUUUAAGUUCAUCAGGUUUCGUCCUAUUCCCGUGAAACCUAAAACGACAAAACCAGAGCAGCUACCACAAAUAAAAACAAUAUCAACAAAUCACUUUAGUUUCAGUCAUUUACUUAACAUAAAUAAUAACACACACAAUCAUCAUAAUCAUAAUUACACAAACUGGCUUAAGCCACAAGAUGUGCUACUUGGGAGGCGAAGGUUAUUGAAGCCUAUUUCUAAUGGCCAGCGGCCAUUGCCCUUGGGUAUUUAUUUAACAAAUAAUAUAUAGAUUGUUAAGACUUAUGUAAAAUAAAAUCUGUUUAUUAAAAUUAACGUAA